UCCUUGCUGCUGUCAUCGGGCAAAAGUUUGGGUGGUUCAGCUUAUGCGGGGUUCGGCAAGAUGAAAUCUUCCAGAGUAACUCUUAUCGCUUGGCUGUUUGCGUGUCUUUCUGAUCAAUCAGUUGGUUAUCCAGAUGGAAAAGUAUACGAAGCCUGCAGCACCAUGAUGCCUCUUCAUGGGCAUUUGCCUCAGAAAUUUCCUAAGCACACCAUUAAAGUGAAUGUGACAGAAUUUAAGCCAGGAGAUCGUGUGAAAGUUAGUUUGUCUGGGCCUACAUUUGAAGGCUUUUUUCUACAAGCUCGCAACGCUGACCACUUGGAAGACCCAGCUGUUGGUUCUUUUGCAUUAGCUGAUCAGAGAAGAUCUCAGCUCCUCACAUGUGGGCAUGUAAAGAAUUCAGCUGUUAGUCACACAAGUAAAUCCAAGAAAAACCAUCUGGAUGCUUAUUGGAUUGCUCCUAGAGAUGCGCCAAAGAAAAUACAAUUUCUAGUCACAGUUGUACAAAAGUAUAGUAUUUUCUGGGUAAAAAUUCCUGGCCCUACAAUUUUUCAGCCUAAUACACCUCCUUUGACAACAAUAAUGUCUACUAAUUGGAACAUUCCAACAUCUUUACCUGUCUCUUAUCUAAGCCAACCAUUCAAUUCUUCAGACUGUGGAGAUCGCAAAUUCUGUGUGAGAAAUCCAACAAACUGUGACCCUAAAGCCAACAAUUGCUUCUUUCUCUCCUUCAAGCAAGAUUAUGACUCACUAUUGAUUGAAAUGAGCGGUCCCAGUGAAGGCUAUAUCGCCUUUGCAUUGUCUCAUGAUCAGUGGAUGGGUGGUGGUGAUGAUGCAUAUCUUUGCAUUAGCGAAGGUCAUCGUGUUGACAUCAGUACAGCUUUCCUGAUUGGGCGAUCUUAUCCAGAAUUUGAUUCAAAGAAUGCUUUGGAGAAAAUGUCUUGGAGGCUGGCUGAUGGCCUUAUCCAGUGUUCUUUCAGAAGAAGAAUUCAUCUUCCAGUUGUUACAGGAAGGUUUAAUCUAGAUGCAAACUACUACAUAUUUCUGGCUGAUGGUGAAGUCGGUGAAGGAGGUGUAAUCUACAAACACCACCAACAGCCUCUGAUUACAAAUGGAAAAUAUAAUGUUCUAGGUCCAUUAAAAGAUAUUGGAGGAUCCCGCUCUCCAUUCCUGAUCAAGAUUCAUGGUGCAUUGAUGUUUGUUGGAUGGAUAACUACAGUUAGCAUAGGGGUGAUCAUUGCCCGGUUUUUCAAGUCUGUCUGGCCGAAUACUCUACUGUUUGGAGAAGAGAUUUGGUUUCAGGUCCAUCGUACUUUGAUGAUAAUAACAGUAUUGCUCACAAGUGCAUCUUUUGUUCUUCCUUUUGUGUAUCGAGGAGGCUGGAAUAAACAAGCAGGUUUCCAUCCCUAUUUUGGCUGCGUUGUGAUGGCACUGGCACUUUUUCAGCCUCUCAUGGCAGCCUUCAGACCCCCUCCUCAAGCACCAAGAAGGCAGAUUUUCAACUGGUUACACUGGACUGCUGGCACAACUGCUAGAAUAUUAGCUGUGGUGACAAUGUUCCUGGGAAUGGACUUGCCAGCUCUCAACCUUCCAGAUCCAUGGGAUACUUACACAAUGAUUGGAUUUGUGGCUUGGCACGUUGGGACUGAUGUGCUUCUGGAGAUACAUGGCUACUGCCUCAUCCGCAAAGUCGAGGUGUUGGAAGAUGACAGGAUACAAAUACUGCAGUCCAUAACUUCUGCAGAAGCACAGGGCCAUACAUUUAAAAAAGCAGUGCUGUUGAUCUACAUUUGUGGCAAUAUAGCAUUUCUUGUCACCUUCAUAACAGCAGUUAUGCAAGUAUGAUUCUAAAAAAGCCUUGAAUAUUCUAAAGAGCUUAUCAUUAGAGACUUCAAAAUAGCUUCUCGCUGGAUUUCAUAGCUAUCAACAAAACUUGUCUUCAGUCCAAGAUGGGAAAACAGUUCUUCAGCACACAGCCACUGAAGAGUGGACUUCGUUGGAGAUUUUGUCCUGGUCCUGAUAAGAAUCUGUCUUGGUCUCCUCUAUGAGUUAACAACUUGCCUUAAUGUUGUCUAUUUGUAUUCUGUAGCUUUAUCUAUUACCUGAAAACUAGAAGGAGGAUCUUACUUUGAGCCAAUGGGCAAUUGUUUGUUCAUUUUCUCAUCUGAAGAUAGCUCCUCAUGUUCCAGGACGUACCUGUCAGAUUUAGCUGAUGUUUUCACAUACAGUAUUGUUUUCCUGUAGUAAAAUGUGGCCUUCCAUGACCAUGUGGCCUGCAGCAUGUCAAAAUUGGAAGAUGAUCAUCAGAGUGUAAUGAUGAAAGAUCCACCUCUUUUGAACAUGAGUGCAUAUAUACAAAAGACAUGGGACUUACAUUGCAAUACUCUGUCUACUGUCUUGCUGUUUUGAUCCCUUGCACCCCAAAGAUGUUGCUGCAUGUGUCUCAUGAUUCACACACUUUGUCUCCCCUCCCUCCCACACAGGUCAAGCACAAAUACAGAUAAUCACUAUCUCAGUAUUAUGAAGUCAUCUCCAAGUACAGUAGUUUCACAAGGGGCUUCUUUUUCUUGAACUGGGAUUCAAGAUGUUUGCAUGAGGGAGAAUACUUUUUGAAGUAUUUAUUACAGGAUUUUUAGAUUGAUUGAGAUGUGCAAUGACACUGAACAUUCCAAGAGUGAUGACAAUGGUUUGAACAUUGUUGUUUCUUGACAUUUCUAAACACUUGAAUGUGGUUAUAGACUACCUCUUUCUCUUGAAAGUAACUGGGUAUUAUACAGAUUGUCCUCUUUAGCAUGUAUUUAGUGAAUGAUGGCUUAUAUUGUUGCUAAAGUUAGAAUGACCUCUAAUUGUGUCUGUCCAUUGGCCACCCUUCUGCUACAGCCCCCUUGUAUGUGUUCUACAGGGUUAGAAGACCCUCUAGAGAAGGAGUGGGACGUGUGCAGGUGAUGCUGCUGGGUUUGGAAAAAUCAGGAAUAAGAUGGAGCUGCCUAGGAAAUAGGCCAAAAAUGUUGUUGUGAAAUUCCUGUCCGCAUUGUUAAAUGGCAAUGUAGGUUGCUAGAUUUCUUUGACUCUGAUCCUGAAGAAGGGUCCAGUAAAAAAAAGUAUUCUUUCAAAUCAAUCGCUUUGGUGUCAGACUUCUUCCAUUACUUAUCAUGGUCCAUACACAUGAUGUACAUAACCAGCAACACUGUAGUUUUAUAGAUACGUUACAUGCCAAUGAUUUAAUAUUUUUAAUUUUAUGAAAAGUUGAAUUCUUGUACAGAUUUUUGAAGGGAAUUUCUUUAUAAAUUAACCUGUAAGAAAUGUUUAACCAAAUAUAUGGUUGCUAGUCAUGUUCAUGUCUGUCUAAGAUCGUUCUAGUUAUUCUGGAAUACUGCUGGUUCCAACCUCACUUUUGGAUGCAGAAAUUAUUAAUAAUAUGGUCACAGCUUCCAUUACAAAAUUAUAGGCAGUGCUGUGAAUGACUCGCAAUAUACCCCAGUGUUGGCAACUAGGGCUUUUGAGAAGCUGCCCAGAAAGGUAAAAAAAAGGUAGAAAAUGAAGCUCAUUGGCUAAGCUAUUUCCAAGCACUUUUGGUGAUAAUAGUAUUCCCUUUCUAUCUUAGCUCCCCUGUGCUCUUUUUAACAAGAGGGGAGAUGAGUUUGUGAUCGAUUUUUAACAAUUGCAACUGUCUUCCUCUUGAGAGUAUUAUAAGGAUAAGGAGAGAGCUAGCUGUAUGCUAAACAGGAUCAUUCUAGAGCCCCUGAAUCUCAAAUAAAAUCCAUUGAGCAGUCAGAAUAGGUAGGUAUUCUAGAAAACAAGUUAUUUUUCUCUUCCCUCUUCUUGUAUUUUUUUGUCACGAAUAUAUAAGUAACAUAAAAGUAGAAAAUACGCAGAAUAUGUGAAGGCACUCGUAGCAGUGUAUUUUAAGUGCUCAUCCAUCUCUUUUUGGGAAGAAGAUAGCUUCAUAGUCUCUUGUAUGAUGUAUUGUUCAUAUAUUUCCCAUAGGGUAAGUGCAUUUCAAUUCCCUUUUGGCCUUUUUACUGGCCUCUUUCAUUUGUAGAGAACGUGCGUGUUGCCUUCUGGAAUAUUUUCAGUUUGAACUCCUAAAUACACAGCUGAGUCCUGAAAUAUCACUUCUAUUGUUGAGACACUGUGUGGUGCUCUUGAUUAGGUUUAUAGCCAUAGCUAGUCAUGUUGAAGUAGUCCAUGUUAGUCUAAUCUUUCCAAGAGAAAUGUUUUAAAAACACAUAAUGUUAACAAAAACCCCAAGUUACACUGAGUAUUUUUCUGAACACAAAUAUGAAAUACUAUCUCCAAACACAUAGGCUCAACCAAACAGGAAAGCCUUGCAUAUACCAUAAUAGGACAUUAUGUCCUCUUGUCUGAUCUCUCAGCCAUGCUGCAUUCAGAAGCAAGUAGCUAGCGAUAUCUAGAACAGCUCAUUUUUAUAAUCCGGUUUCCGAAUAUUGAUACAAUGAUGACAAAUUUAAACUUCUGCAUAAAAAUUGGGAGAAGUAUGCACAUUCCUGCCCAAAAGCAAAGUUUUAUCGGAGGGCUAGAGGAAGCAAAAAAGGACAAGGGUGCCUUAUUUAAUAUGGAAGUGGCUAAAACUCCAAAGGUGAGCAAUGAACACAGACAGGAAUAUAGAAAGCAAGUGACAUGAAGGAUAGAGCGGCCCCCAUUUCCC